AUGUGUUUUCCACCAGCUGUGAACACUGCCUUUGUGCCCGCUGCUGCUAGGAUGCUAUUUUUGAUGGCCCUGACAUGCGCCAGUCCUUUUCUAGAAUUCCGAGAAGAGACUCCAAGAACACUAAAUGUGGCCAUAAUAUUUAGUGGUACCUCUUACGCACCAGAUAGUGGCCGUUUUUCACCCUCAGCUUUCCGCAAUUUUUCUAUGGAAGUGAAUCCCAUUUCUGUAAUACUGAAUGACACAAAUCCUCGCAGCCUUAUCCUGCAAAUAUGUGAUGUUCUCUCCAGCCUGAGAAUUCAUGGGGUGGUCUUUGAAGAUGACACAAGGACAGAAUCUGUUGCUCAAAUCCUUGACUUCAUCUCUGCUCAAACAUCUAUGCCUAUCAUUGGCAUCAAUGGAGGGUCUGCUAUUGUGUUGACACCCAAGGAAAAAGGUUCCACCUUUCUUCAGUUGGGGGCUUCUACAGAACAGCAACUGCAAGUUAUCUUUGAAGUUCUUGAGGAAUAUGAUUGGACGGCUUUUGCAGUUAUUACCACUUUAUUUCCUGGCUAUGAAGACUUUGUGGAUUACAUAGAAUUACUAACUGAUAGUAGUUUUAUUGGAUGGGAAAAUCGAGGUGUUUUAACACUCAAUCUUACUGAUGACCCCAGUGGGGCAAAAAUGAAGAGACAAUUAAGAGAGAUAACUGUACAGGUGCGACUGCUCUACUGUUCCAAAGAUGAGGCUGAUGGUGUCUUCAAAGCUGCAAGAGAAGCUGGGUUAACCGGACCUGGGUACAUUUGGUUUAUGGUGGGAACCAACUUAGGAGGCACAGAUUACAUGCCUGAGCACUUGCCUGUUGGUCUGUUUACAGUGUUGUCUGCUGGAUGGAAAGAUGACGUCAAUCGUAGAGUUCAAAAUGGAGUUGCUAUAAUCGCUAAAGGGGCUGAGGCUUUAUACAAAGAUUUUGGCUUUAUACCAGAAUUUAACAAUGACUGCAGAGCACCAAACCUUACUCAAGGAAGUGAAAAUCUGCACAGAUAUUUCAAGAACAUCUCCUGGGGGGGAAAGGACUUCUCAUUUAAUGAAGAUGGUUACCUCAUCAAUCCUUCGCUUGUGGUGAUUGCUCUCAACAAGGAGAGGAACUGGGAAGUGGUUGGAAUUUGGGAACAUGGUGACCUGCGAAUGAAAUACCCUGUGUGGUCUCGUUAUGGGAAGUUUCUUCAGCCUGUGGAUGAUGAUCAGCAUUUGACCGUGGCAACAUUGGAGGAAAGACCAUUCGUAAUUGUGGAAGGUGUAGAUCCAGCAACAGGAACCUGCAUUAGAGACUCUGUGCCCUGUCGCAAGCAGCUCAACAAAACUGACAAGUACAUGCCACCCACAACAUCACCUAAACCUAUCAGACAAUGCUGUAAAGGAUUCUGCAUUGAUAUUCUUAAACGUCUUGCCAAAACCAUUGGAUUUACUUAUGAUCUUUACCUGGUAACUAAUGGAAAACAUGGGAAGAAGAUAGAAGGAGUAUGGAAUGGAAUGAUUGGAGAGGUGUUUUACCAACGUGCCGAUAUGGCCAUUGGCUCUCUGACUAUAAACGAAGAACGAUCUGAAAUUAUUGACUUUUCAGUUCCCUUUGUGGAAACAGGAAUCAGUGUGAUGGUGUCCAGGAGCAAUGGAACAGUCUCCCCUUCAGCAUUCUUAGAGCCAUACAGCCCUGCCGUGUGGGUCAUGAUGUUUGUCAUGUGUCUUACUGUGGUCGCUGUGACUGUUUUCAUCUUUGAGUAUUUCAGCCCUGUUGGAUAUAACCGAAGCCUCUCCACAGGAAAGAAUCCAGGAGGUUCAAAAUUCACAAUUGGCAAGUCCAUCUGGUUGCUGUGGGCUCUUGUAUUUAACAACUCUGUUCCAGUUGAAAACCCAAAAGGCACCACAAGUAAAAUCAUGGUCCUCAUCUGGGCAUUCUUUGCAGUAAUAUUUCUAGCCAGCUACACUGCCAAUCUGGCUGCCUUCAUGAUCCAGGAGGAGUAUGUGGAUACUGUGUCUGGACUUAGCGAUAAAAAAUUUCAGAGACCUCAUGAACAGUACCCUCCACUGAAGUUUGGUACAGUACCCAAUGGGAGCACUGAGAAGAACAUUAGAAGUAAUUACCCAGAUAUGCAUGCCUACAUGAUAAAAUAUAACCAACGGCAUGUAGAAGAUGCCCUGCAAAAUCUUAAGACCGGGAAACUGGAUGCUUUUAUUUAUGAUGCAGCAGUACUAAACUACAUGGCUCGCAAAGAUGAAGGCUGUAAGCUAGUGACUAUUGGUAGUGGAAAAGUCUUUGCUACCACAGGUUAUGGUAUUGCUCUCCAAAAAGGCUCUAAGUGGAAACGAUCCAUUGAUUUAGCAUUACUUCAGUUCCUAGGAGAUGAUGAGAUUGAGAUGCUGGAAAGACUUUGGCUAUCAGGGAUUUGUCACAAUGACAAGAUUGAAGUUAUGAGCAGCAAACUGGACAUUGACAACAUGGCGGGGGUCUUCUACAUGCUUCUUGUCGCAAUGGGAUUGAGUCUUCUGGUGUUCGCAUGGGAGCAUCUCAUUUACUGGAAGUUGCGGCACUGCAUGAGGCACUCCGGGAGACUUGACUUUUUAUUGGCAUUUAGCAGGGGCAUGUAUAGCUGUUGUAGUGGAGAAGAUCCAAAGGCUAUAGACCAACAGCUUCCUACCUUAAAUCAUUGUUAUCCACCUCAAAGAAUACCGGCCCUUUCAAAUUCUGUAGCACCACCUCCACCACCAUCUGCUCCUUUACCAUGUUCCAACUUUCUGCCACGAGAAAGGCGUAUAGUAGAAAGAUGGCGCCAUGCCAGGAGUCCUAACUGUUAUAAAGAUAUGUAUACUCCUACUCGCACUAUACAUGAGCCUAAUAGCAAAGUGGCUGCUCCUCGCCAUCCCCAUAAAAACACAUUUACUGAUGGCUUUCACAGAUAUUAUGGUCCUAUUGAGCCUGAAGGACUUUCAGAUCAUUUAGUAGAGUCUGGACAAGCAUACAGCAAAGACAAAAAAAUAUCUCCUUGUCAAAUGUCACCACCAAGUCAAAGGGAACACUUCCUAGAAAAUCCGCCAUCUUAUUUUGCAAUUGUACGUGAAAAAGAUGCUCCAGAGCCACCUGGUUGGCAAUCAAAAAUUUCAAGAGGCCUUUACGAAAAUUACCAAGGUGGAAAGGAACGGACUCCAAAAUCAGGUGGUGGAGCACGGGGGAGUCGUACACCUGAAGCAGCAGUUAAAAAAUUUGACCAUAUGGGAAGUAGUUACCAAACAAAAAGUACAUGUGAGAUGGAAUGUGAGGUAUAUACUGGUGGUGGUCCAAGUGCUAGCACAAAUCGGCCAAAUAAGGCCAGUGUGGAAGUCUGUGAUGGUUCACACUAUGGAGGUCAUACAAGAUUUGCAUAUGAAGAUGAGCGAAGUUGUGGAAGAGAUUGCCACCAUCGCCGGGAAGAGUUGGACAUGGAGUCCCAACCAUUGCUUCACAAAAAAUCUAAUCGUUCUCAUAUGUGCAGGAGCCAUUCUCAUCCCCUGGUUAUGAAUACCAAUCAAAGUAAAUAUGCUGACCUUUCAGAUUCUGAUUCAGAUGUGUGUGAGAGAGAGCCUCCAUGUGUAAAGUCAGAAAUUGGUCAUAACUGUUGGUACUCACCAAACUAUUUCUGCACAUAUCCAUCAAGAGACCGACAAACAUCAUCUGCACCUCGCAAACCCAUGAGGUAUUGGUCAGUAGAUAAACUGGGCAAAUAUCGACAGUUAAGCAAGGAGUACCUUCCAAAUACAUGUCAUGGUUCCUGUUAUUGUAGUAGCCUAGAAAUGUUACAGCCUCACUGUCAUAAAGAGUCAAGAUACUUCAGCUGCUCUGAUGAAAAACUAGAAAGAAGAUUGGAUUGGGAUCACUUACGUGGAGGUCACUGCUCUUUUCUUCACCAUCAUCAUCACUCUUGUGACUUAGCCCCCAUACAUCCCACCUCCCGUAGCUUGGAGGACCUAAGCAGAUGCCAUUUGAGGUGUCAUAAACACAUCUUCUCACCAGAAUGUCAACCUAGAUCAAGUCAUAGUGGAACCCUUUAUAAAAGAAGGGGAUCUGCCCAUUUCUCUAGUUUGGAGUCCGAGGUAUGA